AUGUCUCGCUUCGACCCUUCUAUGCUUACUGCUUCCCCCGAACCUGAGACGCCGCCGUCACCUACACGCGACCAGCCCGUAAUCGAUGACUCCAUUCCGGAGGAGUCGAACGAGGACCGCAUCAACCACGCCUGGAGCCUGAUCUGCGAGACGCUGCGUUCCUGCGCAUUGACGGCUCCCGCAGCCAAGGAAGAACUGAUGGAGGACCAGGAGACUUGGAUGCGCGAUUGGAGAACUGUUUUGGAACAAAUGAACAAGUGUUUUGGCCGUGCACAAGAUGUGCAAGUCGAACUGACGCUGGAUGCUCAGGGUGCGCAGGCCCUUGAGGAUGGUAAGAAGGAGUAUUGGGUGUUGGAGAGACUCAUGAGGGGUUGGACGGUGAAGGCGACUGAGCCGCCACGCGAGAAGUCCGCCGCACCCACUAACGAUGCAGGCGUCACUACGACUGUGGAGAAAGAGGCUUUGCCUGCUGCCAUGCUGGCCAAAGAGGUCGCCAAUAUGGGCAUACCGGUGAGUACUUCUGUUGUUGGCCGCAUGUCUGUCACAAAGGAGAAGUGUGCGCGCUGUCAGAAUCGCACUGGCAUGUGUGACGGCUCGCCUGGUGUGAGGUGUUCCUACUGUGCCGGUGUAAAGCAGGCGUGUUCUUUCUCUAGGAAAGCUGAGCCGAAGGCGAAGCCACAGGCGAGGACACGCACCACCCCCCCUCGAGGCGCCGCGCCCGCCAAGAAGGCGCGUACUGGGUCGAUGAGUUUGGCUCGCCCAACAGUUCCGGCCACGACCGUCGAAGGUGCGGAGUCCUCGGAGAGCGAGUCAGAGACGGUCCUGCCGCGUCCUGUCCUACCGCUUCCCAAGCAGUCCGUGCCCAUGCCUAAGCGCAAGUUGGACGCCUCGGAGCGCGAUGAGUUGGAGGCACUCUGCAUUGAGGUAGCAUCACUCCAGGAAGAGAAUGUGGAGUUGCGCGCUCGCACCAAACGGUAUGGUGAGACGUUGAUCCAUGCACACCAGUAUGUGCGUGUGCAGGAAGCUGAACAGCUUCUUGCGUCGAACAAGGCUUUUUCGUCAGUGUGCGGCUGGCGCUCCUUAGAACUUGAGAUUGCCAAGUUAUUCCAUUAG